AUGUCAAAGGUCGGAUCUGCUGCUACUCAUUGGAUAAGCUGUGAUAUAGUAUUGAUCAAUGCGCAUCAACUAUGGAACUCUCAAAAUGGAAUGAUGCCCGAAUCUGAUGUAUGUCGUUUCGAAACAGUAGCUGAAUUGGAUACAGGUUCGUCCGAAUUCGGAUUACCACCAGAAUACAUUCCAAAACUGAAAUUAGUGUCACUAGGCUCACCAAUUGAAAUUGAAUCACCACUCGAUGGAAAGAAGACGGAGGUAGCCGUCUUUGGACCUGUAAUAAUUGAUUCUUGUGGAAGACAAAUAGCAGUGCCAGUCCAUAAACUAAAACAUACGUCUCGAGCGUUAUUAGGUUUGGAACCAGUUCAACGAUUAAAAAUCCAUGUAGAUUGGAUUCAUUCUAAGGUUAUCUUACCAAGCACUGGUAGUGGCGGCACUAGGAUUUUGCUCUGGAGUGGGCUUACGUUAGCCCACCCAUUUUGGGGACAGCAGAAAAAACAUUAA